CACAUGAUGACGUACCUGAGUAACCCAGGAGCGUGGGAUGGAUCUAACCGUCUGGACAGAGCUUUGGAUUUCUUCCCACAGCCAGGCCAGGGUCAGCAAGAACACCGCCUGGUCAUCAGUGAGGGGCCUCAGAGUCUUGCACUGGAUCAUCUCGGCCUGGUCACCACGCUGCCUGCUGAGGUUCACCCAACACCUCCUCCAGGAAUAAAGGAGGCUCGGAUGAGUCCCUGCUGACUUGAGAGAGAAAGAGAGACCACGCUGAUUGCUGAGAGGAACUGGAAGGAGAAAAAAAAAUUCCUCAACUCAGCGGGAAGAACUCACUCGCCAUGAGCAGCGCUGUGUUGGUGCCUCGCCUCCCAGACCCCAGCAGCAGCUUCCGCGAGGAUGCCCCGCGGCCCCCAGUGCCGGGCGAAGAAGGGGAGACCCCACCUUGCCAGCCCGGGGUGGGAAAGGGCCCGGUCGCCAAACCCCUGCCUGUCUCCUCCAAUGCCAGGCGGAAUGAGGACGGGUUGGGGGAGCCGGAGGGGCGGGCGUCUCCGGAUUCCCCUCUGACCAGGUGGACCAAGUCCCUGCACUCCUUGCUGGGUGACCAAGACGGUGCUUAUCUCUUCCGGACUUUCCUGGAGAGGGAGAAAUGCGUGGAUACCUUAGACUUCUGGUUUGCCUGCAAUGGAUUCAGGCAGAUGAACCUGAAGGAUGCCAAAACUUUACGAGUAGCCAAAGCGAUCUACAAAAGGUACAUCGAGAACAACAGCAUUGUCUCCAAGCAGCUGAAACCUGCCACCAAGACCUACAUCAGAGAUGGCAUCAAGAAGCAGCAGAUCGAUUCUGUCAUGUUUGACCAGGCGCAGACUGAGAUCCAGGCGGUGAUGGAGGACAAUGCCUACCAGAUGUUUCUGACUUCUGAUAUAUACCUCGAAUACGUGAGGAGUGGGGGUGAAAGCCCAGCCUGCGUGAGCAGCGGGGGGCUGGGGAGCCUGAAGCUCGUGUGUGGCUACCUACCCACGCUGAACGAGGAAGAGGAGUGGACGUGCGCCGCCUUCAAGUGCAAACUCUCCCCCACCGUGGUUGGCUUGUCCAGCAAAACUCUGAGGGCUACAGUCAGUGUGAGGUCCACAGAAACUGUCGAGAAUGGGUACAGGAGGAGCGAUCCGGUGAAUCCGUACCACGUGGGUUCCGGCUGCGUCUUCGCGCCAGCCGCCAGCGCCAACGACAGCGAGAUAUCCAGUGACGCGCUGACCGACGAUUCCAUGUCCAUGACGGACAGUAGCGUAGAUGGAAUCCCUCCUUACCUCGGGGGGAGUAAGAAACAGCUCCAGAGAGAAAUGCAUCGCAGCGUGAAGGCCAACGGCCAGGUGUGCCUACCUCAUUUCCCGAGAACCCACCGCCUGCCCAAGGAGAUGGCCCCCGUGGAGCCCGCCGCCUUCGCGGCCGAGCUCAUCUCCCGGCUGGAGAAGCUGAAGCUGGAGCUGGAGACGCGGCACAGCCUGGAGGAGCGCCUGCAGCAGAUCCGAGAGGUGGGUGCCGCCCCGCCCCCUGCCCGGGGUGGGGGGGGGCCUCCCGCUGACCCCGGCUCCCCCGAGCGCUGCCUUCCCUUCCAGGACGAGGAGAAGGAGGGCUCCGAGCUGGCGCUGAGCGCCCGGGAGGCGGGGCCCGCCCAGCACCCGCUCUCCCUCCUGCCGUCGGGCAGCUGCGAGGAGGACCCGCAGAGCAUCCUGGACGACCACCUCUCCAGGGUCCUCAAGACCCCCGGCGGCCAGUCCCCGGGCGUGGGCCGCUACAGCCCCCGCGCGCGCUCCCCGGACCCGCACCGCCGCCGCCAUCUCCUGCAGCACCGCGCGCCCCCGCCCCCCGGGCGCCCCCUGCUGCCCGCCGCCCCCGCCCCGGCCGGCUGCCCCCUCCUCGGGGCCCGGGGCUUCGUGAGCAGGCAGACGACGAAGCACGUCCACCACCACUACAUCCACCACCACGCCGGCCCCCGGACCCGGGAGGAGGUGGAGGCCGAGGCUGCCCAGCGCGCGCGCUGCCCCUGCCCCGUCCCCAUCCCCGGGGGCGCCGACUACCCCUGCUGCGCCAAGUGCAAGAGCCACCCCGGGGCGCCGGAGCCCGCGGCCGCUGCGCAGGCUGGCGGCCGCGGCCGAGGCGCCGUCCCACCCCGACGGAGCGGGAGAGGCUCGGAGCCGGGCCCGGCCGGGCCAGCCCGGGAAGGAGGGGCCCCCGGCGGAGCGGGGCCGCUGCGGCCACCCGGGGAGGAGGGAGACCGGGCGCAGGACGUAUGGCAGUGGGUGCUGGAGAGCGAGCGGCCGGGCAAGCCCAAGCCGCACAGUGCCCAAAGCACCAAGCGGGCCUACCCCUUGGAGUGCGCCCGAGUGUCCCCAGCCGGCCGUCACCACCUGUGGGCGGGCGGCAACGGGCACCCCCGCGCCGCCCCCCGCGCCCACCCGUUCACCCAGGACCCUGCGGUACCUCCCCUGACCCCACCCAACACCCUGGCGCAGCUGGAGGAGGCCUGCCGCCGGCUGGCGGAGGUGUCCAAGCCCCCGAAGCAGCGGUGCUGCGCGGCCAGUCAGCAGAGGGACAGGCACCACUCGGCCACCGGUCCGCCAGGAGCCACGCCCGUCUCCAGCCCAAGCCUGGCUUCGGAAGAUCACAAAGAGCCAAAGAAGCUGGCAGGGGUGCACGCUCUCCAGGCCAGCGAGCUGGUCGUCACCUACUUUUUCUGCGGGGAGGAAAUCCCGUACCGGAGGAUGCUGAAGGCUCAGAGCCUGACCCUGGGCCACUUCAAAGAGCAGCUCAGCAAAAAGGGAAAUUAUAGGUAUUACUUCAAAAAAGCGAGCAACGAGUUCGCGUGUGGAGCCGUGUUUGAGGAGGUCUGGGACGACGAGGUGGUGCUGCCCACGUACGAGGGCCGGAUCCUGGGGAAGGUGGAGAGGAUCGACUGAGCCUCGGCGUCUGGCUCGGGCCACCGGCCUCGGACAGGACGGCUCUUGGCUCUUGUGGACGCUGACGGUAUCGGAGAGACUGCCGUGCAUAACCUAUGACUUCCUAGGGCUCUAAAUCCAUCAGCUAGGAGAAGCUGUAGCUCACCUGGACAGGAAUCCUUCCUGCUAUUUAUUGGACAGUCGGCUCCCCCGCCCCCAGUUUGUGGAUAUGCUGCUUUAAACACGGAAGGGGGAGAGAGGAAGUUUUUGUGGUUCUAUUUCACUGAAAGAGGAUUUAAGCUGUGCCGUGCGUUUCUCCAAGUGAACAUAGACUUUUAAAAAAAUGGUGUCCUACCGUUGACACACGCAGAAAUUGGUGCAUCUUUUUUCCCCCAGCGCUGCUCUAUUUUGUCAUAAAGGUCUGAGGUUUGAUUUGGGGGCCCUCCUGUCGGACAGGAUGAUUCAUUGUGGAGGCGGGGGAGCGUCCCCGGGGCCCCAGGUUCACCCCGUGACUUCCUGGAGCUCCCCACCAGGGCCCAGCACCCGACGGCUGAGGCCUUCUGGAACCAUGUGGUUCGACUUGUGCUUGUCUUGAAAUGACAACAACUUGGGAGUCUUCUAAAAUUAGUCUUUGGACCCCAGCCAUUCUGGAAACUACCCCCUCCCCUUGCGCCCAGCCCGGCAAAGAAGCGAACAGUUGUGGGAAGACCUGACAGCACCUUUCCUCCAGACACCUUCAUCGUGACGUUCGGGUUUUUACAUUAACUUAAUCUGUGCAUUCUGUUUGCCAUCGUUCCUUGUACCAUACGUCUGUAUAUAUUGUACGGAGAAGAGUAUUAAUCCACUAUCUCUAGUGCUUGACCUUGAAUCAGUACAGUACCUGUACCUGCACGGUGUCCACGCCGUGUGUCGCCCUAUAUUGAGGGCUCCAGCUUUCCCUUGUUUUUUGAAAGGGGUUUAUGUAUAAAUAUAUUUUAUGCCUUUUUAUUACAAGUCUUGUACUCAAUGACUUUUGCCAUGGCAUUUUGUUCUACUUAUACUGUAAAUUAUGCAUUAUAAAGAGUUCAUUUAAGGAAAAUUACUUGGUACAAUAAUUAUUGUAAUUAAGAGAU